AUGUCAUCGAUACGAUUGGUUGCAGCUUAUAAUUAUGGUCAAAAUUCAAGGCAAGAGAUUUACUGGUGUAAGAAAGAAUUGGCUGCGGAAAGUUCGGGUGGACCGGAAUCACAUACGCCGACUAACCGAUUCAACUGGCAUAUGAUGGGUCUACCAAACGAUCUUACAGUCUACUGGCAUCAGUAUCCGUAUAGCCUGGGAAUUGUGUUCUGCAAGUUACGAGCAUUGAUUUCAGAAGCAGCAACAUACGUCUCUGUACUGACUAUAUCUGCGUUCACCCUGGAGCGGUAUUUGGCAAUAUGUCAUCCCCUACAUUUGUAUGCUAUGGCUGGGUUGACGAGAGCAUCGCGGAUUAUUCUGGCCCUUUGGGUCGUGGCCUUUGUCUGUGCUUCACCCUUCGCUGUGUAUUCAGACAUCAGUUACAGGGAUUAUCCACCUAAUUCCGGCAACGCUUCAUUGGAUUCAGCCUUCUGUGCUCUAAUGGCGUCUUCCCCACUGUUGGAAUUGAGCAGUAUAUUUUUCUUUUUCCUGCCGGCCAUCUUUAUUCUCUGCUUAUACGUGACUAUGGGUUGUCAUUUCAGAUCAACACGCAUCAAUAAGAAAACGAAAGGAAUUCUUCAAGGCCAAAUUCACGGAGAGACUCGACAAGCGAAGUCAAGAAAAGCUAUUAUCAGAAUGUUAGUGGCAGUGGUUAUAGCAUUCUUCGUUUGCUGGUGUCCAUUUCACAUACAACGCCUCUUCUAUAUAUACGGUAAUAACUUAGCUCAGUUCCACGUAAUCAAUGAACACCUCUUCAACGUCGCAGGCGCAUUGUAUUACGUAUCCGCCACUGUCAAUCCGAUACUCUAUAAUGUUAUGAGCGCAAGAUACCGUCUGGCAUUCAAAGAGACACUUUUUUGCCGCAAGGUAUCCCGAAGAGGUUCGGGUUUCAAUCAAUCUAGAAGAGAGACAACAAUGUCUAGUCUUACAAAGGUAAAAGCAAGCUUUUGUCGAGACACUCGUCAUGGUAAGAUUGAUUUCGAGAAGAACGACCAUGGACCAUUCUGUAUUGAGACAAAAGUCGACGAAGAAGUGAUAUUUUGUUAUCCCAAUGAUAAUAAACCGAUGCCAAAUGGCGAUCUUGACCCUAUAGAUCAUAAUUAAAUCUUAUUUUUUCACGAAGGAAUCAUAAAGAUUUCUCUGUUGUGUAA